AUGAGUCCUAAGGCAUUGCAAGUUGUGAUCUUUCUCGGUUUCUUGGCCACUUCAUGUCUCUCUCAAGCUCCGGCACCGGCACCAACCACCGUUUCUCCACCAACGUCGCUUCCUCCCGUGACAGCAGAAACACCUUCUCCGGUUGCUUCACCGCCGGUUCCAGUUAACGAACCAACUUCGGCUCCAACCACCGCUCCAACAACUUCUCCAACAACAUCUCCGGUUGCUUCAACUCCUCAAACCGAUGCUCCAGCUCCUGGUCCCUCCACCGGAUUAACUCCGACAUCGGCUCCGGCUCCGGCUUCGGGACCAGGCGCUGCCGCUGAUGCGCCCGCUAACGCCGCGUGGGCUAACAAAGCUUUCCUUGUGGGAACAGCUGUUGCCGGAGCAAUAUACGCUGUCGUUUUGGCUUAG